AUGAUGGAAAUGGAGCCCACUGAUAUCAUGGAAUUGGAUCUGGCCCAUCCAAAUCAACACGAAGUAACACUGCAACAACUGGCGAACCUAAAACUGGCUGCAAAGCUGCUGCACGAUGAAAACGAAGCUGAUUUGGACUUGGUCAUCAAGCAGGUCAUCACUGGGGGACAGAACAACUGCGCUGAAUUGAAAGGAGCUCAUUUUUCGAAAACAUCGCCAAAUUGCUAUAGUAUUGCGCAGGGGUAG